CAUUGAUUAGAUGUUUGAAAAUCAAGGAAAAAAAAUCACAAUACAAUCAGUAAUCUUCUUGUCAUUGCAUUGCAACUGACAAAUUAGAAUCAGUCGUUUCGCUAAUUAGUAUGGACAUGACAAGAAGCAUCCAUAAUUAACAAACAGCCAGUGCCAGCUGUGACCUGUUUCAGAGAACCAAUUCAAUGGCCUUUCUUAAAUGAAUCCUAACUCUACAUAAUUUCUUUUUAACCAAACAUAAUUUAAAUCCCAACAUAAGACAAGUUAUUCUUAACCUCAUGGGAGGGGAUUCUGGUUAUUGCAAUCAGUGCAUGGAGAAAUGUCAGAGUCUUAAUUUAGGCUGGUAGGGUACAGAGGUGUGCCCCUUAGCCCCCACCCCCUGCUUGCCCCUAGACGAGGUAGAUAUGUGGGAGGUUCAGAACAGUUAGAGAGAGAAUCAGUUUUCAGGGACCUUAUGCAAGUUGAGACCUGACCUGUACAAAGCAUCAUGGGUGGAGCAGUUGUAGACACUGGUGACAGUGGGGUCAAGGCACCUGAUGGAGGAUGGGGUUGGGCUGUCCUCUUCGGCUGCUUCGUCAUAACCGGUUUCUCCUACGCCUUUCCCAAAGCGGUCAGCGUCUUCUUCAAAGAACUUAUCCGGGAGUUUGGAGUGGGCUACAGUGACACGGCUUGGAUCUCUUCCAUACUCCUUGCAAUGCUUUAUGGCACAGGGCCUAUAUGCAGCAUCCUAGUGAACCGUUUCGGGUGUCGCCCUGUGAUGAUGGUUGGGGGCCUUUUUGCAUCACUUGGCAUGAUUGUAGCAUCCUUUGCAACCAAUAUCAUCCACAUCUAUCUCGGCAUAGGAGUCAUAACCGGUUUGGGUCUUGCUCUGAACUUUCAGCCAUCCCUCAUCAUGCUGAACCGAUAUUUCAGUGAGAAAAGGCCCUUAGCCAAUGGGUUGGCUGCAGCUGGAAGUCCCGUGGCUCUGUGCUGUUUGUCUCCUCUUGGUCAGGUUCUUCAAUACAAGUAUGGUUGGCGUGGAGGCUUCCUAAUCCUUGGAGGGAUUCUACUGAACUGCUGUGCAUGUGGAGCCCUCAUGAGGCCCUUGAAAGCACCCAAAAAAACAAGCGGGGUGGACGAAAAGGAGAAAGAAACCAAACCAAAGCCCAAACUUCUUGACUUCACCGUCUUUAAAGAUCGUGGCUUUUUGAUUUACACGGUGGCUGCAGCCAUUAUGGUGUUAGGUCUUUUUGUGCCUCCUGUGUUUGUGGUAAGCUAUGCCAAGGAACUGGGCAAUGAAGACACCAAGUCUGCCUUGCUGCUCACCAUACUAGGGUUCAUCGAUAUCUUUGCCAGGCCAACAUGCGGUAUCAUCGCUGGGCUCAAGUGGGUUCGGCCACGAUGUGUUUACCUCUUCAGUUUCGCUAUGAUCUUCAAUGGCAUUACUGAUAUUAUUGGCUCCAUGGCCAAAGACUAUCCAUCUCUCGUGGUGUUCUGCAUCUUCUUCGGUAUCUCCUAUGGCAUGGUUGGAGCCUUACAGUUUGAAGUGUUGAUGGCCAUUGUGGGGACAGAGAAGUUCUCCAGUGCCAUUGGCUUGGUGCUGUUGGUUGAAGCUAUUGCUGUGUUGGUGGGACCACCUGGAGCAGGUCGUCUUCUGGAUGCUACAAAGAAUUACAUGUUCGUCUUCCUGCUGGCCGGGUGUGAGGUGGUCCUCGCAGCCCUUGUGCUUGCCAUCUGCAACAUGCUCUUCAUCAAAAGGAAUCCCCAACAGCCUGACCCUCCAGCCAAGAUGGAGAUGGCCAUUACUGAGACCGAGAUGGAGGAGCUCAACAAAGCACCAAAGGAUGACCAAGACAACGGAGGUGGUGAAAAUGGGAAGAAGCAAGCCAUCGAACAGGAAGGACCGACAAAAUCUGAUGAUAAAAAGAUUGAAGAGCCUGAAAGCAUAGGGUUGAACUCGAUAGAGGUGGAGAACGCGUCCAAAAAUGUGACUGAACCAAACGGUGUGGUUGUAGAACCUGAAUCCUCUCUAUGAAGAUACUAGAAUAGGUAUGACAGAGCUUCCCUUGUAGGACUCACGGACGUGCGUUUGAUGUUGUGGUGUAUGCUUUUUGUAUGCUUCAAGUGUGGUUGCAGAGGACCACUUUUAGACCUGCUCUGCAGUUCUGAUUCAGCCAUUUUUAGGCCGACCACUGCCUUGUAUGCUAGCAGACAUGUCAGGAUAUGUUCUCAAAAGGUUCUUGUUACAAAAAUAGAAUCGAUUUAUACUGUGGCACCAGAUUUUUGGCCAGUAAACACUCCACAUCAGAGCAGGUCACCAGCAUUAUACUGAAUAUUACCAGCUUGCUUCUUUGUGGCAUUCAGUGUUUACUAAUGUAGGUUUGUAGUAUCUGUUGUCAUCUACUGUAACAUUUUAAACUGGUCCUGGGAGAGACAAAUUGAAAUGUAUGACAUACAAAUGAGGAUCUUAGUUAGUCUUUUUAAAUUGGACCCAUUCUUGAAGAAUGUACGGAGUUCAGACAUGCUUGUAUUAUGUUUCAAAGUACAUAUUAUUGGAGGACAAAGCUCUGUUACAUAUUUUUAUAGUGUUUGGUUUUUGCAAUUUUGUUAAUUUUAACUUUCUUGUAUAGAUUCAGUAUUUAUAUUAAAGUGUUGAUGUCAGUUGGCAGCUCCACUUUAUAUUUAUUUGUAUUUUAAAUGUCAGUGUUUUCAGAUCAACUGCAUCAAUCACGAGAGGGCCACAGUUUAUACUUGUGAUAUGUUGGUUAUGUAACAUCUAUUUUCAGUUCAAUCAACAUUUGACUUUUUUUUUUUUUUUUUGGAAAACCAAAUGGUACUAUAAGAUUUAUGAAAAAUGCGGUGUGGAUAAAACCCUUGAAAACUUUACCUCGUCUUGUUUUUUCACCAGCACUGUGUGAGUAGUAGACCCUCUUUUACUACGUUCUAAAGAAACUUGAGCUGUUUUUGGUUGUGCCUUAAGUCUUGUAGCCGUACAGAAUUUGUGAAUCAUUUUAGAAAUAAAUAUCCUUCCCUCUCCACUGGACCUUGACUCAUCAUUUUUUUUUUUUUAACUUCAAGCUUGAUUCAGUUGCCCACUUUACUAGUAUUCAACUAUGCUUUAAGUUACUGAGUGAACUGAUUUGCCCUGAAAUUAUGGUAGCUAGUAAAAAGGCAGUGAAAAUUGUAAAUGACCACAGUGUUUACUCCAAGACAGUAAGACAUAGUCCAGAUCCUAUUAGCGCAGUAUUUUCAGUUCAGUCCAGCUGGUGUCCUUCUGUAAAUGCACCUUAAGCAGCGGCUCAUCUGAAACAGUGAGGUAAACCAGCAAGGUGAUCAAUCCUGCUCUUAAAUAUCUACCCAUGCUGUGGAGUUUAAAUCUCGCUUUAAUGAACUUAAACUUAAUAAAAACUUGCUUUAAUAAAAUGAACAAUGUUAAGCCAAGUAAGCUGAAACCGAAACAUGGUUAAAGUACAAGAUGUUUCUCAGACUUAAGCAGAGCAAAAAGACAUAGUACAUAUAUAUACUGACACCCAAAGCAAUUUUGGAUGUUUCAGUGCAACUAUGGUAUUCGACGCAUACAAGGCAAAAAAUAGAUUAUAGAUGCAUGUGACAAGAGGAGCAAGAAAAAUAGAUGGUAGAUUGUAGCUAGAAAGAAAAAGGCAGUAGGAUGGGUUGAGCAUAGAGUAAGAUAAAGCUCAAAGCCUCCUGAAGAACACGAUCAUGAGAAAUUCACAGUGACAAGAAUAGUGGGUUACUAUACUGCCUAAGGUAUCAAUGGCAGUAACUGCGAUACUGGCAUGAACUACAAAGCCCAGUGCUUUCUAGAAAACAGGACCUGUUUUCAAAAGUAAUAAAAUCUUAAUGGUGGAUAAGCAAAAAUAUGCACAAUUUUAAUUUUAUGACGACAGCACAAAACAACUUGCCCCACUAAUUAUUUACGGAUUAAAAAAAAAAAAAAAAAUGCAACCACAAACAAGUACAAGUAAUUCAUUUAUUUACACUGUUUAAAAUACACAAAUACGGUGGUAAUACAAAUUCUUACAGGAUGACAAAUUGGCAUGACUUCCACAAAAGUAUGUGGAGCCCAUAGCAACCAUGGGCUUCAAAAUGGGGGAGAAUCAGACGAAAACUUUUACCCAGGAAGUUGCCAAUGUCCCCUACAGACGACAGGGGAACAAGAUGACCAGACCAGCUUUGAAGGUGCAUUAGAAAAGCCACAUCAGUGCUGGAAUAUUUUGUAAAAGGGGAAAUUAUUAUUUUUUUUAAAUCACUAAACAUCAGAGCAAGACUUUGAUUUGUUUUCAUUCUUUCAACCUUUGCAAAGACGAUUGUUAUCUCCAACAAAUGAUUUUUCACUUCCAAAACGCCAUCUGAACCAUCAGAACACAAACUUACAGAAAAGCAUAAACAACCUUCUCAGAAGACGACACAUGUAGCAGUUCUAAGUAUGAGCUCCAUGAGUCAAAACAACACCCUCAAGAGUCAAAGUUCAAGUUCAGAAUGCUCGAAACCCCCAAAAUCUGGCACUUCAUUGUUGUGGCUUUAUGAAAGAGUGGAUAAAAAUAACAGGUGAUAAAUUUCAGACUCAAACCAUCUGCGGUCAUUUCAUAGUCUUUCUAAAGAGUUGCAUGGAAACAUUUACACGAUUAUUUUACAGUUAUUUCACAGCUUAGAAACAGAAGAGACACAAUAAUGGGGGUGGCAGUAUUGUACAGUUAAAGAGAUCAAUAUAGCAGACAAACAGGCGAGGUUCACAGGGUCCCUCUGUGAGGACGUGUACGAGUGAAAACCACGCUGUGGAGUCAGUAUGCCAUGAGCGAUGUAUGCUGAGAUUUUGGCCCCUUUGUGGUCAGUCCACUCUAUACCACCAGCUUCACCUUGGGAAAGGAACCUCACCAGCUACAGAGGGUUAUUAAAAUGUAUAUUAAAAAAUAAAUACACUGAGUAAAUAAAAAAAAAAAAAAAAAAAA